GAAACCAAAAUUUGAAAACCACGUGCAGUUUUGUCUCGAAAACGAUGUCGUGGCAAUCGCGAAGCCUAUUUUCCCACUUCAAAGCGGUGAAGUACCCGUCAGUGUCCCACGCGAGGAAUGUGUUUGGAGCUGGCAUUUUUUUCUUUUUUUUUUAAUGUAUAACUUACCUUUAUCUUCUUUUGGGAUGCAAACAAAGUCCUUGUGAAAUCAUUGCGGAGUCUUGUGGGCUUUCAACUUCAGCUCUUAAAGUAGUUUGUAAAUCUGUCAAAGUCCAGGUUUUUACAUAUUCUUUUUAGCUUCCUUAUGAACUAAGCACUUGCUGUUCUUUCAUUAUUUACUCAACAGGAUCUUUAUUAAGUCAAUAGAGAAUCAUGUGCUAUAAUUAGCAGUUGCCACUUUCUGAAGAAUCUUUGGUUCCCAUAUUCUUCUUUGCACUGUUCUAGUAUAAAAUUGGUGUUAAUAUUGCAUUUUGCUUGGUGGGUUUUUGUUGGUGGGUGAAUUUUUGUACCCAGAUCAGUAUAAGCUUAAAUUUUCUUGGUGGGAAUUGAGAUUUGAGUUCCCAAGUGCUUGUAAUGAUCAAUUACUGCCGAAGAUUUUCUGGACAAAUCUGGGAUUUUGAGAUUUUCAAAGAAGGAUGGUUUUGCAAGCAGUUCAUUCAUGGGAUUUGUGUGGUCUUAUAGGAGCAUUUCUCGACCUUGCUCUGGCUUAUAUCCUGCUGUGUGUGUCGGUUUUUGCGUUUUUCGCCUCGAAAUUCUUGAGCUUUUUUGGACUGCUUCUGCCAUGUACUUGUAGUGGGAUUUUUGGCUAUAAAAAUAGCCAUUUGUGCUUUCACAGUUUGCUCUUUGAUUGGCCAACAGGAAUUAUCUUUUCUGUUCUGAAUUCGGUGUUGAAUAGAUUCCCUUUUGAUUUGAUUUGGUUUAAGGAUCGAGCAUGCAAUUCAGAUAAGAAGUCGGUUAGAGAUGGGAAUUGUGAAAAUCGGGUUCUUGAACUGGAGAAUGAAGCUUCAUGCAGUUUGUUUCCCAGGAAAAGAUUGCAAAAUUUGGCUGAUAGGGAAAGUGGGUAUGAUGCAAGGGGAAAGGGGGUUAUGAACUUGAAGCAAAGGUCUGGAUUUCGGCGCCGAAGGAGAGCUACUUUUGACAACAAAAAAUUCUCUUCUGUUUUGUCCAGUGAUUAUUCAAGGUCGGUUGUUGCUGGAAACUCUAUUUAUGAUGGCAGUGAAAUGAGAAGCAAAACCAGUGAAAGCUUAGGUCCUGCAAGUGGGAGAGAAGAUGGUUUCCUUGGUGAAAUAAAUGAACCAAAUGGCAUUGAUGUGGGGGAAAGAAGCCAGCAUAGUUUUGAAUUGAGUGGAUCAGUUGGUGAGGAUCAAGACAUAUCAUCUUCUGUUGAAACAUAUACAAUUAAUGCUGCAAUGGGAUUUGUUGGCAAUGAAGCCAAUGCUAUCAGAAUGUUGGAGCUAGCUCUUGAAGAAGAAAAAGGCGCCCGUGCUGCUCUUUACCUAGAACUGGAGAAAGAGAGAGCAGCUGCUGCAAGUGCUGCUGAUGAAGCUAUAGCCAUGAUAUUACGCCUGCAGCAGGAUAAAGCAUCAGUAGAAAUGGAAGCGAGGCAGUAUCAAAGGAUGAUAGAAGAAAAAUUUGUUUAUGAUGAAGAAGAGAUGAGUAUUUUGAAGGAAAUCCUUGUCAGGAGGGAGAAGGAGAAUCAUUUUCUGGAGAAGGAAAUUGAAGAAUACAGGCAGAUGAGCUUUUUAGAACAUGAGCUACCAAAAGGUGACUUAAAUGAUAAAGUUAAUAGUUGGGGACAAAGGCCUUCAUCUUCCCAGGAUUUGGAUGAUGAUGAACGAUCGAGGUUGCAGAUUGAGAAUAAUUUGUCAACUGGUAAGAAAGUAAGAAAUUUUUCAAAUCGGCCUUCAAAUUAUGAGGCUCCUCUAGUUGAGAAACAAUGUCAAACUCAUGGAUAUGGCUUUCUUGAGAGAAAUGCUCUUUUAGCAGGGAAAGAAAAGGAUAAUAGCAUGGUAUGCCAAAGCAUGACAAGUGAGCCAACCCAAAUUGGUCAUGGCAUUGAGAUGAAAUUUUCUUGUGAUGGUGAAGAGCUAGAGAAAGAUGGGGAAGAUAUGGAUCAAGCAAGCAGCAAUUACCAUGGUUCCCUGCUUGAUACAGAACCAGCUGUAUAUGAUGUCCAUGUCAUUGAUGAUAAAAAUGAAACUUGGAAAGAACAAAGCGGAUCAUUGAUUAGCAAUGAUGUUGAUGAACCCAGAGACUGUGCUGUCACACUGGGAACAUUGAGAACCUGGAGCAGUGAGGCACCCAGUGAGGCACCCAGUGAUCAUCCAAUCAUAAGCAUGGAAGAAACAGAGCCUAACAUUCAUGAAGGUAGUUUGGAUGGGGCUGGUGAGUUACCAGUUUUGAGUCACUCACGAAGCAAAAGCUUGCUUUCUGACUUGGGGGGAGAGUCCCUAUGUGCAGUCAAUAGUGCAAAGUUGAAAAUUGACAUUGAGAUUGAACGGCUCACAGAGAGGCUACGAAUAGCCCAAGAAGAAAAAGAGAAUCUGACUCUCAAUACAGAGAAUGGAGACAGGAAAAAGGAUUCAUUGAAACUUCUGGAGGAGAUACCAAACCAGCUUUGAGAGAUUCAACAAUUAAGAAAUCCUGUGCAGCAGGCUUCCUUGCUCCCUUCAUCUUCUAAGGUGAUUUUGAAGAAAAGAAGCUCUGCAAGUGUGUCAUAUGAAGCCUAUGAAAGCGCCUAAAAUCAUGUACAAAAACAACCAAUUGUGUAAAGAAUCAAGCUUGUAGUUAUUGUUAAGGUCGGUUUUUUGUUUUUUGUUUUUUUUCUUUUUCUGGGCACUUUAGGUUAGCUGUCUCCUUGGAAAUUUGUAGGUGAACUGUGGAGUCCACUGGAGUCAGGUUUUGAAUUCGAUGAUGUUUUGUGUGUUGUAGAGUGUAAAUAACCUGGUAUAUGUUGAUUCCAAGUAUAAUUAAAAUAGCUUUGAAGCUGUAAUUUUUGAGUGAUCCA